AUGGUGAAUUACCCCAUGAAACCGCCUCGAAUAGAAGACGGCACGCUGUGCAUGCUCGGCGCUCGCACGCACAGCAGCUGCACGCUGCACCUGCCGCCCACCGCACCCAUCGCACACUCUUCCUUAGACUCGCGGAUUCCGUAUCAACAGCAGCAGCAGCAGAAUGGGGGUGUAUCUCAACAGCCGGAACAUCGAGAUCAGUCAGUUUUAGGGUCGGGAGGGUCCACGUGGCCUGUCGUCCGCUCCGGCUUUAGCGCGGAUAAAGGCGGCCGGCAGCGGAUGGAAGACGCCCACGUGGCGGUAGAUGAUUUGUCACAGGCGAUUGGUGACGUGGCCGUUGCGCAUCCGCGAGCUUUUUACGGGAUCUUCGACGGUCACGGCGGCGACGCGGCGGCGCAGUUCGCGCGGCAGAAGCUGCUGGGCCACGUGGUGCGCGACGCGGCGUUCCCGCUGCACGUGGGCAGCGCGCUCAGAAACGCGUUCCUGCGGACGGACCGCGAGCUGGAGACGGCGCGCACGGCGGAGGGGCACGCCAUGGACUCGGGCACCACUGCGCUCGCCGUGCUGCUGCUGGGCAGGUCGCUGUACGUAGCAAACGCGGGGGACUGCCGGGCGGUGCUGUGCCGCAGGGGGCAGGCGGUGGAGCUGUCGCGGGACCACCGCGCUGUCUGCCAGCACGAGCGCGCGCGCGUGGAGCGGGCGGGCGGCGACAGCGACAGUGACGUUAUAGAGGGGCCGCUUAUAGCGGAUCCAGAGGUGCACGAGGCGCAUCUGUCGAACCCCGAGGACGAGUUUCUGGUGCUGGCGUGUGACGGGCUGUGGGACGCGUUCAACAAUGAGGGCGGCGGCAGCAAGGAGGUCGUGGCGUUCGCUCGCAGGCGACUCAGACUGCACAACGACCCCCAGCAGUGCUCCAAGGAUCUAGUGGAGGAGGCGAUCCGGCGGCACGCGUGCGACAAUGUGACGGUGCUGACGGUGUGCUUCUCACUCGACCCCCCGCCACUGCUGCAACACCAUGAGCUGCUGCACUCGCAGCUUCCUCGCAGCUUCUCAGAGUACAGCCUUAGAUGCCUCAACUGA